AUGUCUUCAACUCCAUAUGCCAGAUAAAAACUAGUUUCUAAAUUGGAUUCUGAACCUUUAUCAGCAAUUGAUUUAAGGAAUGAGAGCAAGCUCUCACAUCAUAGAGACUAUCUCCCUCAACUAUCUGUAAACACUAAAUUUAAAGUCUAAAAUGACUUUGGAAUUUCACCAUUGACUAAAAAUUGGAAUAGUGAAAUAAAAGGUUAGUUAGUAAAGAAUAAUAAGCGAAUUCUUAGAUAUGGGAUUAAAAAGAAUGAUUCAUAAGAAAUUUAAGAAUUAACUUUAUCUGCCAACUAGAAUGAAAAUAAGGUUCAGACUAGUGUUUAAAGGUUUUUAAAGAAAGUAAUUUACAAAAAAGCACCAAUUGAUACAAAAAUAUCGAUCCCAAUUUUAGCUAACUUCUAUUCAUUUUUGGCUUAAAUUUCACAAAAAGAGACGAUACUUCUGAAUAUGCCUGAAACAAUAUUGCUAGACUUAGACAUUGUGCCUGAACAGAAUGGUUUUGGAUAUUUAUUGAAUGACUCUUAAGAUCCAGUACUAUCAAAGAUUUAAAUACAGAAUCCAGAAAUCUUAAACAUGGUGACCCCUUUGAGACUUAAGCCUCAUAAUAAAAUCAAGGAAGCUAAGCCUUAUAUUACUUAAUGGUUCAUCAAGAAUAUGAAAAAAGUGAAAUAGAAUCAAGGAAGGAGUACUACGAAUAGAGACUAAGCUAUCUUUAUCCCAUUAAGUGUUACAAAAUAAUGCAGAAGGAAACAUAACAUAAUGUAUCUCAUCAGUGCUGUAAAACAAUAUGAUGGAAACGAAAAUCAUGGUCAAGCUAAGCCACCAAAGCUUGGUUAAAAUAAGUAAAAGAGCAGUGAAGAUAAUCAGAGUCCAAUAGCCUUAUAGAAAAAAGAGCCAGUUCUAAAUGCUCAGUAUAUUUAUGAUCUUUAAGUCAAAUUGGAACAACAGCAAGAAUUCAGCUAAAAAAGCCAGAAUCAAGGCAGAUAAAAUAAGUUGCAGAAAUUGAAGUUUACAUAUAUCUAGGAAGAAAUAGAUAAUAUCAAUCAUUUCCAAUAUUAAUACUGUACCUCUGAUAAGCAUGCUGAGAGGAAUUACAUUUAGGAGAUUAAUAGACCAAAUGUCUAAUUCCCAGAGAUUGCAUUUUAAACUGAAAUUCUAUUAAAAAUAAUGAAUGGCUUUAUAAAGAAGAACAAGUUUGCGCGAUAACUGAACAAAGUUUGCUUUGAUUUCAUUCAUGAUUUCGUCGAUAGGAAAUGGAAAUUCCUCACAUUAAAGCAUUUUGAAUCUGAAGAUAUGUAGAUUAAGAAUGAAUUUGACUUAAGCCCUGGUGACCCUAUAAAAUAAAACUCAUUGAUUAAGCAAAGCAGGUCAUUCGGAAUUUCCAAAGACAUCAAAAUGAAGGUCAAAAGGAAUAAAUGCAAUGGAGAUUACUGCAAUGUUGAUGAUAUUGGAGGAUACUUGUAAAUGCCUUUUGGAUAUCUUAGAGACAGUUUGAAGAUUCUUGAAAUCUAGAGAGAUAAGAGCAAAGAAAUUAAAAUACAGAAUGACGAAAGAUUUAUGGAGAGACGAAAAAAAAGAUCUAAAAGUGAAGCUGGCUCCAAUGAAAACUAAAAUCAAUAAAAUAAAUUCUAGCCAUCUACCCCCGUCCUAAAUAAUUAUGACAUAUAUGACGAUCAGAAGUUCUACUAUCGUAUUAUGAAAAGAGUAAUCUAUGUAGAUAGAAUGAGGAGGAAGGAAAUACUGGCUGGGAAUAUUCCUGAUUACGAAUACUUUUAGCAUCUAGAUAUGGAUAAGAAGGAAAACAAUCAGAAUAUAUUCAAUGAUUUAUUAAAGCAGCUCUACUCAAGCGAUAUAUUUCAAAAAGUUAAUUAAAAGAAUGCUAUAAUGAACCUUAACUUCUACGAGAAUGCAUUUCUUUGCUGUAAAUGCUACAGAAUUUACCAUUUUUUGAGUGAUUGCUACACUAUGUAAGAGGAAAAUUUUCAUUUUGAAUAACUAAGAUAGAAAGAAUAUCAAAGUAAAGCAGGAACUGGAUACUUCCAGGGAAUGAAUAAAGAGUUAAAUGGCUAAAUAAUAAAUUUGGUACAAGAUAAAAUGGACUCAAAACUCAAUAAUGAAUAGCAGUAAUAAAAGGCGCUACAAAGGUUGAGGCUACUGACACUCUCAAUAAAUAAAAAUCAAAGUACAACAAAAGUUUCUUCAAAAGACACAUCAAAAGUUAUUAACAGUAAAGACGAAAGUCAAUCACCAAAAACAGCAAGGUUUAGUAGGACUCAAACCUAGAGAGCAAAUACUCUCAACCGAUCUACUCUGAUGAAUUUAUAAUAACUUAAAAUUGAUCCAACUUAACCAUAAAAAUAAUAGGAAGAAGUAAAUAUGCAGAGUUCUCCGAAUAUUUAUACAAUAAUAGAUUCAAAAUAGUACAAAAAUAAAUUUAUUAAUCAUUAGAGGUUUAAGACAACAGUGUCUCAGCCAAGUUUAUUAUAAUCACUUAGAAUAUUUAAUAAUCCUUACAGCAGAGCCUAGAAUAAUAGUGAUCUAGAAGUAAUUCAUACAUAAACUUACACAGAUUAGCCUAGUGAUUGUAACACAGUUUAGCUUCCAAAAGUGUCUAGUUCAGUAGAAAAUAUUAAAAAAAUCAAAAUUAAAAAGAAAAAGAAGGGAUAAAAUUAUCGUAUAAAUAAAAAGAGAGUUGUCUAUAUUAAGGGCUUGAAAUAAAUAUAUUUGGCCAAAGAAUAUAAUGAGGAAUUUUCAUCAUAGUAAAAUAUUAAAACUAAUGCAUCAGCCAAAAAAGAAAUGCUAAUAUCAGAGCAUAAAUCAGUUCCCAUGACAAAUAUGACUUUGUACUCAGAAGAUUUUGAAAGAUAUAGUGAUCUAGAUUUGGAUGAUGCUAAAGCAUUUAAAUCUAAAGAAUAAAAGACGUAAUUCUCAAACUAUGAUGCUUUAGCCUUAGUUUAGAUUCCUCCAAAACCUAACAAAACUCCUAGUCACUAAAGUUCUUUAAACAAGAGUGGAAGUGAUUCUAGUAAUCCUCUUUCAUUUAGUAACCUUGCUAAUUUCAAGAAAUAAGGUUCACUCCAGAUGCUCACUUAAAACUAAAAGAUAUUUGAUUCAAUCCCUGAGUAAGUAUCGAUUGAAAAUGAAGGCACGAAAGCAGUACUUAGUCAAUGCUCUAGCAGAAAUUUUUGA